UGUAAAUUAGCAAACUUUGACGUUAAAGCAAUAAUGACGUCAAAGGAAAGUAUAUUAAGAUUAGUGAAGCCAAUGCAUUGCACUUUUAAAAUUAAGGCUUAAUAACUUGGAAACGGGUGGAAAUAACUGACGUCAUCUCCUGGUGGGUAACUAGGGACUACCUGGGACCAAGUUGGGUAAGUUUUCCAAACCUGGGUCACCAAAUCUGUUUCGGAAUGGACGGGUAAAUGACGUCAUAAAAAAACAACCUUUAAACCCUAAUAUCUCUGCAUCCGUUUGUCUCAAGUACAUGAUCCUAUACAUUUUCUUGAUCAGCGUUUCAAGAUCUAUACGAUGAAGGCAAUAGGUACACAAAUUUCUUAAAAAUAAAUUUUUGGGUUUGACAGGCCAUUGCUGACGUCAACAAAAUUUUUAACACCUUAUAUCUCCUUAGGCUUUUGUCGAAUACAUAUGAUCCUAUACAUUAUUGUGAUCAGCGUUUUAACCUUUACACGUUAUAGGCAAUGAAUAAACUAAACUUGGCCAAUUUUUUUUGUACCUGCACUGUUGACAUCAGCAAAAAAUCUAAAACAACCUAUUUUUCCAUUGUCCUUCUGCCUAAGUGGAUUUCUCCACGGGCUUUAUCGACUAGUUGUUGAUAAACAGACCAAUGUUGUUGUUUUCAGUCCCCCAAAAUCGGGUAGUUAAGUAGUGGUGGAGAUAAAGGAUUUUGCGCUUUGGUUUUGUAUUUAUACAAUAGCACCAUAGCAGUGAACCUGUUAUCUCCAUUACAAUCUGCCUCAUACAUCAAAACCGUAUUCGAAAACACGUUUUCUCGACCAGCGAAACUUUUGGAGGGAAAGGCUUUGCCAUGGUUAACUUUCCUAAAGAUCACGAAGAUCCUGCUCUUACAUUACUGUCCUUGCAGCAAGGCCAGCCUAAUCCUGUGAAGGUAAAGAAUGCAUGGAGUAAUGUUGCACCAAUUGCAAAAUUGGAAGGACGUGAAUUCGAGUAUCUUGUUUUUUAAAUAAUGUACUACUUCUAGAAGGUUUAACCAGAAAAGUGAAUGUAACAGUUAGAUAUUUGCCAAUGUGGAAGGAUGGACUGACAUAGUGAAAAUGACAUUGAAGACAAAGUUGGCUAAAAUUGGAUAAUUUAUUUUUGUUAAAUAACUAUCCAUCUUAGAAGACUGUCUGUAAGAACAUAUUAUUGGAUUGUUUUGCUGCGUUUUUUAAGUUGAAAAAAUGGCACUUCAGGUAACUCAUAAGUUGUCAAAUUGCUUAAGAUACCACUGCAGAAAUAUAUUUAACAUACAAAGAUUGUAUAAAACUUCUUGUAUACGUCUUGAGAAGCAAAGACCUUGUAUUCAGUCAAUAAUCAACUGCUAUCAUAUACGAGUUGAUUCUAAUAAAUGUUUGUAUAAUUAUCCCAUUGCAAGCUCUAAAGACAUUACAUUGGAAAAGAAAACACAUCGCCUUAUCUUGACGGCACGACCAGAUGAGUUUGAGAAAUUGCCACCAAAAUGCAAUGCAUGUGGUAUAAUAUUACAGACAGAAAAUGCCACUCUUAGUGGGUAUGUGCCAGAAGAGAAAUUUAUAUCUUCAGUUCAGGAAAAUAUGCUUGACAAGUUAAUGUGUUACAGCUGUUUUCAGUUAAGGUUUUAUAAUAAAUCAGUUGCACCAAGACUAAACACUGAAGAUGUUUUAAGCCAGCUUCGUCAUUUACGUCAACGAAAAGCGUUGAUUCUGUAUGUAGUGGAUAUGUUUGAUGUUGAAGGUACAAUGUUUUCAAAUAUACUGCAGGUGAUUGGCAAACGAAAACGGUUGAUUAUAGUUGGAAAUAAAGUUGAUAGACUUCCUCAAGAUGAGAAAAAGCCUGUACUUCAGUUGGAACACAUGAAAGAUGUAUUGAAGGACACUUGUUACCAAAAUGGUCUUGAAAAUUGCAACUUUAGGGACAUUUGCCUGAUCAGUGCAAAAUCAGGUUAUGGAAUUCAGAAUUUAGUUGAAAAAAUAAACAAACAUAGAGAUGUGGAUAUGGAUGUUUAUUUAGUUGGGUGUGCAAAUACUGGAAAAUCAACGUUAUAUAACAGUCUUGUAAACUUACUGAAUGUACAUAAAACUACUGGCUUACCACCACAAGCUAUAGAACAUCACUUACCUGGUACUACAAACAGCUUAGUUAGGGAAGGAAUUAGCAUGAGAAGAUUAAAAAGGAUGGAAAAGAGGCUAACUUCAAGUCCUUGGGAGGUGGACGAGGAGUACGAGUUUGAUAAUGAUGUGUUGGAACUUGUUGGGCAUAAUACAGAGCUACCACAAAAGAGAAAAAAAGAAAGAAAAAAUAUUUUAACUGACGGAACAAAAAGUAUUCAGAAAAGAGCUUUAGAAUUUGUUGAUCCCGAGGUUGUAAAAGAAAAACCAUGUUAUAUUUAUGACACACCAGGAAUACUGAAUGAAUCUCAGAUUAUUCAGUACUUGACACCAGACGAGAUAAACUAUUUGUGUCCAGAACGUUGGGUUGUGCCAAGAACAGUUCUCAUGAAUCCAGGAAACUGUAUUUUCAUUGGUGGAAUAGCUAGGUUCGAUUUCAAUGAAAUCACGAGAGGGAAGCUGGGUCAACAUGAUGAUGAAGAAGAUAAUAGUUUAGUUCCGUCUGCAGAAUCUAUUUUUGUCACUGUGAUGACGUCACCCAACCUUCCCAUUCAUGUAACAAUUACUGAAACUGCUGACGAAAAAUACGAGAAGUUGUUUGUUAACGAUAUUCUCAGGCUACCACAAGGAAGCACUGAACGAUUCGAAGAAUUUCCUUCGCUUUUACCGCAAGAGUAUACCAUUGUUGGGAAAGGUUUGAAUAAAAACACGUGUGAUAUCGUUUUACAUGGUGUUGGCUGGCUGUCAAUUGCCUCUGUUGUUCAGUCAAAAGCUAAAUUUGUGUUGCAUACGCCAAAUGGGAAAGGGCAGAGCUUACGAGAGAAACCCUUGCUGCCUUACUCAGUACGAAAAAAAGCUGGGCGAGGAGUUGUUUACCGUGGUUAUGUAAACAAUCGAAUGUAUGGUCACUCGCGAAAACGCAGCCCUCAAUUUGUAAGGGUGUUUCAAACGCAGAAUGAUGCGGUAUAUUCUUGGAAAAUGAAAGUAAAACAAAAACUAAAAACAGAAAAAUAUGCUUUAAAAGAAGAGAAACGACUGAGGCGUUUGGAACAAGGUGUUAUUCUUGGAAAAAUGAAGCAACUGGCGAAUAAAGAGAAACAAUUUAAAGAUCUUGAAGAUAAAGAGUACUUGCAACUGCAAGAGAAGCCGUUAUAGUAUUUAUCGAGUUUGAUUCUUUAAUGAAAUAUUGUACCUAUCACACGAUCUAGUUAUAUAUUUACCUCGACAUUCAA